AUGAAUGGGAAGAUUUGUAAUUUUGCGGUGAAACCGCACUCAUCCUCGGAUCUUCCCCGUUUCCAGUCGUCAUCUAUGAGUCGACCUCCUGUUGUUCCAUUCUCCGCUCGCGGUCGAGGAGUACCAGGGUCGAAUUCAACAGGGAAGCUACCAGCUCAUGCCGACCCGCACAUGGAGGCGUUGCUCGAUUACUACAAAGGACAGUCAAAUCAAGCUGCUGCUCCGAAAACUGCUACAAUAGUUUAA